AUGACACGCCGACAUAUGGACGACGAUUCCUCGGAAGAGUCUGGUGGCGAUGGGAGAAGCGCGACCGUCUGCUUUCUUUGCCGACAACGCAAGACCAAGUGCGACCGGACCCUGCCGAGUUGUGGAUUCUGUCUGAAGGCCAAGGUAGACUGUCAGUAUGUCCCUAAGCCGAACAAGCGUGGCUUGAGGGCGGGGUACGUCUCGCAGCUAGAGAACAGGCUUGAACACUUAGAAAGUGAGAUCGAGUCCUUGAAGCGCGAGGAGACUUCGAGACCUUCUUCUCAGGCGUUGCAGUCACCACUGUCCACUGUACAUGCUGCCCCUGCGGGAGAUACGCCUGCCUCGUUUUCACCACCACAGCGCCCGGCAGUAUGGACAGCUCCGACCCCAGCAAAGCGGCAACGCUUAAAUCCAGAAACCGAUGCGGCCGUCAGAGACCUCAUGACUCUUCCUAACGCCUAUUUGUACACGCUGGCUGAAACAUGGUUCAAGGAGAACCAGCCUUGGUGCCCGAUCCUGAGCCACGAACACAUCAUGGACGCCGCCGCGUCGUUGCCCACUCCUGUCGAAUAUAUCGAGGACAUCGAGCUGCGUGCCGUGCUCGCCCUGGAGCUCUCGUAUUCCACACAGGCCAUCUGCUUGGGUUACCAUGGGCGACGUCGGCUCUCGCAGUACCUUCGGUCGCAGGUGCUGACCGAGGCCCUCUCCGAUGCUUCACUUGGCUCAGUGAGAGCGCUUGUCAUCGUGGGUCUCAUGGACUACGGCGCGGACAACAUCGCGAGCACGUUCAGCCUCCUUUCGGUCUGCCGGCGAACCUGUGAGCACCUGGGCCUGUUCAAGAAACUCCUCAGCCAGAUUCAAGGCGAGAGCCCAAGCCAGGUGGGACCUCCACCGGUGAACACGUCCGGUGGGGGACACGCACAUAUGAUUUCCGUCGCAUGGGCUACGCUCGGGCUUGACGCCGUAUCAACGCUCGGGGUUUCGUGGCGAGAUGCCUCAGCUGCUCUGGUCGAUCACCUGUCUAGUAUUGCCUAUGUCAGUACGCCCUACCUUCGAGACUCGUACCGGGCGCAUGUGCACCUGGCGGCCAUCGGCCUACAGCCCGUUCACCAAUUCCUCUAUGAGCGAAGUCAGAUGCAAGUCCAGACGGUGGAUGAGAACACGCUUAUCAAGUGCGAUGAGAUGUAUCAGAAUCUCAUGAGCUAUGUCCACGGCCAACCGCGGACGCGCUACACCAUCCUUGAGAAUGGUCUCGUAGAUUUCGAUCCGAAUCUUGUGCACACCGAGACACUGGUCUAUGCCACAACAGUGAUGAUAUAUCAAGGUCUGGUCGAUUUCCAUGCCACAACGCCGGAUGUCCCAUUGCAGCGGUGCGUAAAGGUCUGCAACGAGAACAUGGUCACACUCGUUCGCAGUAUAAGCGACGCCGAUGCGGAGCUCAAUACACCACUACUCGCUCAUUUUUUCUUUGUGGCAGCCCGCUUCAAGCUUGUCAUGUGCAUGCAACUGUCUGAACCGACAGACAUAGCGUUCGACACAAUCAUGCACACCAUUAAUAUGUGCGCGCGGCGAUGGGGUUUUGCGCGACGGCUCGACAUUGUCCUGCGCGGAGCCGUGGUGGAGCUUAAUGGUGGUCCGCCGGUCCCUCCAGAUUUCUGGGACCUGAAACGCAGUCAUCUCGACAUUUCCGAGGAGCUAAAGCAGUGGUCUUCACUGCACAAGGGAUUGCAUCUCGACGGGUCGACCAGUGGGCCAUACUCAUGGCUUUCAAGAAAAUGA